UCGAGCCGACUGCGUCAACCAGGGAGGAGACCUCAUCAGUAUCACUGAUCCCUAUGAACAAGCAUUCAUACAAGGGGUGAUCCAGACAAGUCCCACAGGGAUCUCACUGUGGAUGGGCGGCCAUGACUCCAUCACUGAGGGUGGCUGGGAGUGGACAGAUGGCUCUCCUUUCAGAUACAUUCGCUGGAAUGCAGGUAACCCAGACGACUACUAUGGGGAAGACUGCCUUGCUAUACUUAUCAACAAUGGCUACUGGAAUGAUGACAACUGUGAGUACAACAGAGGAUACAUCUGCAAGCGGAGAGGAAACCUGCCCGAGCCUCCUCCACCUCACGAUGGCUUCAUGACAGCGCUGGUGUGCCAGGACUCCUCCGCUGUCCUCCACUGUCCACAUGAAAGUGUCCUCAACGUCCAGUCUGCGUUCUACGGACGAAAGAGUGAUGACAUCUGUCCACAUCUGGCUGGAUCAACAGGAAGCUGCACAAUGGAAGGUGUUCUUCCUAUUGUAAGGAAGUCAUGUGACAAUCGACCCUUCUGCUUCGUGUAUGCCCACCCGGAGGUGGACCCCUGUCCUGCCGUUUCCAAAUAUCUGGAGAUCGUCUACAGCUGUGAACAAAAAGUGUGUCUGCACGGCCUGGGUGUCGAGGAUGGAAACAUCACAGACUCUCAGCUCUCUGCUUCGUCCUUCACUGGGGCUUUCACUCCCAACAAAGCCCGUUUGAAUGGAAACUCCUGCUGGAUGCCUUCAGGAAACCCAACUUCCAGCUGGAUCCAGGUAAACCUGGGCCAGACCAGAAAAGUGACAGGGAUAGUGAUCCAGGGUUGUCCUCACAAUGACCACUGGCUCACUAAGUUCAAGAUCCAGCACAGCAUGGAUGGAACCACCUGGACUGACUACACAGCUGACGGGGAAUUUCUCCCAGGUUCAACAGACAGAAACACUCCAGACACUCAGCUACUGGGUUCACCCGUGUCAGCUCAGUACGUCCGCAUUCUCCCGCUGGAGUUUAACGGGCAGGCGGGGCUUCGGUUUGACGUCCUGGGAUGCACCCCUGACUAUGCGAUUACAUGUGCCAACAAGCCCAACUUCAACCUUGCCAAUGACCGAAUGACAGUCCACUGUCCAGCAGGCUGUGCCAAUGCAAAUUACAGAGUCUACGGCACUUCUGUGUAUCGUGGGGACUCAAACAUCUGUGCAGCAGCGAUCCACGCUGGAGUGGUACUCAACGACAUUGGUGGAGACUGCACUUUGUUAAAAGCUGCGGGACAGGACCUCUACCCCGGCUCCACCAGGAACGGCAUCACCUCCCGACAAUUCGAUGGAAACUAUGAUGUAUCAUACACUUUUGCAGAUGGGGAGCUGAGGUGCUCAGGGCCUGACUGGUAUGAGUUCGGAAGCUUCUGCUACAAACCUUUCGAAGACAGAAAGACGUGGCACAAUGCCCGAGAGACCUGCAGGAGUCUGGGAGCUGAACUCGUCUCCAUCCUCUCCAUGACUGAGCAGACCUGGCUGGAGAGUUACCUGUACAUGGCUACCAAUGAUGUGUGGACCGGUCUGAAUGAUCUGUUUGUGACGGGUAUGUUCACCUGGUCGGACGCGCACAUGGUCACCUUCACCUACUGGGCUCCAGGAGAACCCAACAACCACAUGGGCUUCAGUGAAGACUGUGUUGAGAUGUUACACCAGACUGGACGAUGGAACGACGUGUCCUGUUCAGAGCUCAACACCUACAUAUGCAAGACGCCCAAAGCACAUUACCCACUGCCUUCUGUAAAACCCACCCAAUACGGAUGUCCUCAGGGAUGGGAUGCUUACGGCUACUCCUGCUACUGGAUGGAGGAGACCCCCCGGAGCUGGUCUGACGCUAAGGCCUUCUGCACAGAGCAGGACGGCUUCCUGCUGCACAUCGGAGACAUUUAUGAGCAGGCACAUUUUACCGUGGCGUUGUCGGGAAAGACGGGUUUGUGGUGGCUCGGCCUGCGUGCUCGUGGAGGCACAGCUGGAGGAGUGGACUACAUCUGGGACAACGGUUACCCUCUCUCCUUCACUCACUGGGACAGAAACCAGCCAGAUAGUGGUGAUGGGACCUGUGUUGCUAUGACAACGGGUCAGAUUGGUGGUUUCUGGGAUGACAAGCAGUGCUCUGAGAAGUACGCCUUCAUCUGUGAGAGACCCAGGCCGGACAUCACCCCACCCACCAAACCCCCAACUCCUCCUCCCUCGCAGGGCUGUGCUGAGAGCUGGACGGCCCUGCCUCACUUCAGGAACUGUUACAAGCUUUUCCACAAUGUGGACUGGUCCCUGAAGAAGAGCUGGGGAGCCGCACGCGAGGACUGUGUUGCCAGAGGAGCUGAUCUGGUCAGCAUCUACAACCAGGAGGAGGAGGAGUUCCUGUCUCUGUACAGCAAAGCCAGCAGCAAGUGGAUCGGCCUCAAGCACAACCCCACAGAAGGAGGUCAUUCUUGGAGUGAUGGCUCCCCUCUGUCCCACACCAACUGGGGUCACGGGGAACCGAACAACCACGAGGACCGGGAGAACUGUGUGGAGAUGGUGAGCAGCACCAAUGGCACGUUCUCCUGGUGGAACGACCUCAACUGUGACGCUCACCAGGACUGGAUAUGCAAGAUCGUUAAGGGAAGGACCCCCAUCCUGCCCCCUGUGCCCCCCCCUCCACUCCCAGCUCCCGACUGCGGAACCAACCUCGGCUGGAGGAAGAACAACAACAUCUGUUAUUACUACAACGACACAGACGUGGUGGACUUCCACACGGCGAUAAUGCGCUGCUACGCUGAGAAAGCAUCACUCGUCUCCAUCCUCAACAAAGAUGAACAGGCCUAUGUCAACACCAUGGUGGGGACAGGGCGAGUCUCUUCAGCCUGGAUCGGAAUGAGGAUGGUUGGCAUCGCAAACGGACAGUACCUCUGGGUGGACCACUCCCCUGUGACCUAUACUCACUGGGCCUCAGGUGAGCCCAACAACGCCAACGGGGAGGAGCAGUGUGUUCAGAUGAACAGACAUCAAGGUGGAUGGAACGAUGCCAACUGUGGUCGGGCCGCAGCAGGUUACGUCUGCAAGAAGUUCCCCGGAGACAACCACACCCCUCCUCCACCAACACAGCCCUGGGAGGGGAACUGCCCUGAAGGUUGGAUGCGCUUCAAGGACAAGUGCUUCAUGUUCAAAGGGAAGAAAAAUGAUCUUAAAGCUAACUGGUCCUACGCUCGGAGCUGGUGCAAAGAACAAGAGGGAGAGCUGGCGAUUAUUGAUGACCAGUAUGAGAAUGACUUUGUGUCCAGUUACCUGAGGGACCUGGAGCUCCCCACGUGGAUCGGCCUGUCCGAUCUCUUGGCAGAGAACCAGUACGCCUGGAGCGACGGGGUCAGCCCAGUGCGCUACACCAACUGGAAUGACAAGGAGCCCAACAAUGCAGGAGGAACGGAACACUGUGUGGCAAUGAGUCACGGCCCCCUGGUGACGGGCAAGUGGAACGAUGACGCCUGUCACAAGGAUCACAGCUUCGUCUGCUACAGGAAGAAAUCGAGCAGCAUCGCGCCUCCACCCCCAACCCAGAGCCCCUGCCCGGAUGGGUACGUCUCCUGGUAUCAGAACUGCUACAAGCUGGUGGAGGAGCCUGAGACCUGGGACGUGGCUCAGACAGCCUGCGAGCAACAGGGAGGGAACCUGGCGAGCAUCGACAUGAGCUACGACCAGGCCUUCGUCGCAGGAGUGGUGCUGCAGGGCAAAGCUGACGCCUGGAUCGGACUCAGGCGCAAGGACGACGGCUCGUACUCGUGGACAGACGGCUGGCCGGUGUUUUUCACUCAGUGGGGACCAGGAGAGCCCAGCAACAUUAAGGACGAGGGCUGCGUGAGUAUGCACGCAUCACGCCUGUUCCACGGGACCUGGAACGACACCAAGUGUGACCAGAAGAAACACUACAUCUGCAAGAUCUCCUCAGAGACCCUGCCACCAACUCCCGCCCCCGGUGAUGGGAAGUGUCUGCCGUUCUGGACCCCUUAUGGCCGCUACUGUUACUUUGUGUACAACCAGCAGCAGGGCUUCUCCUGGCCGGACUCCCGACACUACUGCCAGGCAGCCAAGGCAGAGCUGGUGUCCAUCCACAGCAGAGCGGAGGUGGAGUUCAUCAGGAACCUCAACUACACCAAACAUCACCACAUCUGGAUCGGACUCACCAGGGACCGCAACUUUGGCUGGGGCUGGACAGAUAAGAUGUCUCUGGGCUUCCUGAACUGGGCGCCCGGUGAACCCAACGCGGCCUUUCACCCCGGGGAAGUGGCCGAGGAGAACUGUGUGGAGAUGUAUGGCGACGGGCGCUGGAACGACAACAACUGCCUGCAGAAGAGAGGAUUUGCGUGUCGCCACCGCCAGUACUAUACAACAGAUGAUGGUGGGAAUCCUAUCUUCCCCACAGACGGUCCAGGUGUCAACAAUGGAGGCGUGAUAGCUGUUGCCAUCAUCGCAGCCGUGGUGAUUUUCAUCUUGAUAGUUGGAGGGCUGUUCUAUCUCUUCAGCGUGCGCGGUUACAAACUAAGCGGCAUGAGCCUGCCAACAACAAAAGCCACCAACAUUGAUGUGCCCGCUUUCAACAACCCCAACUUUGCAGGAGAGUCCGACACAUAAACCGUCAUCCAAGUUUUGUACAGUGAAAUACAUUUUUUAAACAAAUCAGUAAUAAUGUAGUUUCAAAAGAUGAAAUGGUAUUGUAUAUAUAGGUAUCUUAAUUAAACUAGAAACCUUCUGUUUUUUGUGUUCGUACACGUAAAUCUCUUAGUUAUUUGAUGUCUUUCACCACCAAAAAUGAAAUUGUGC